UCGCUGUCGGUGGCAGCAUGGCGGCGUCGGAGGAAGCCGUGCACGAGAUCAUUCGGACGCAGCUGCUCGACAACCCGAUGGACAGUCUCGCGCGGCAGCUGCGGCGCGUCUACGCCAAGCUCGAGAAGAAGGAGCGCGCCGGCGACGUCUCGGGCCGGCGACGGUACGCGGCCAAGCUGCGCGAGCUGCUCGCGAAGGGCGUCGCCGAGCUCGAGUUCCAGCACCGCCAGCUAGGCGCGGCCAUCAACAUUGUCGAGCUGGACCAAAAGGCCGGGCUCUUCGAGAGCGGGAAGGCGUCGUCGUCGCCCAAGGCCAAGGACGACGCCGAGGUGCCCACGAUGACCGACAUUGCCAUCGGCGCGCAGGUCGCAGCCCGCGUGGCGCGCAGCCACGAGCUAUGGAUCCUCGCGUCGGUCGUCCGGCAAGACGCCAAGACGCGGCUGUACGAAGUCGAGGACGAAGACUCGGGCGACGAAGAUACGGAAGGGAAGCGCCACCACCUCGUGCCCCGCGACUGGAUGAUCCCGCUCCCGCGCGAAGAAGAGGUCCACAACUGGAUCUCGUUCAAGUGGAACCAAAAGUCCUCGCCAUGUACCCGAGUACGACGAGCUUUUACCCAGCCGUCGUUGUCAUUCCCAACCCACCAGGCUCGCUGUACGUGGUCGUAUGCUUUGACGAUGACGCUGACGAAGUCGGCUACUGCCCCGAGCGCAAGGUGCCCUUUCGAUUCGUGACGCCGCUUCUCAAAAAGUGAUUUGUUUACUAACUUAGUCAAUG